GACGGCACCCCCAACUAAACCAAACCGUGUGUCCGUGUCCCUUACAAUGGCAUUCCCGCAAUUCAACCCAACCAUCAGGGCCAUUCUCGUAAACCCACUUCUUAUACAUAGAUCACCAUCUUAUACAUAGAUCACCAUUCUCGUAAAGCAAACACACACAGUUCCCUCCUCCAAAUCUCUCAUAAAGUCUACACCUUUGCAUUUGUUCUGAGCACCAAUCAAGCUCUUCAAUCUUUCUCUCUGAGAAUCUGAGGCUUUUAUCUCAUGGAUGAUCGUAAGGAGAAAAAUGCGCCAUGGUUAUCAGUGCCACAAUUUGGGGACUGGGAUCAGAAGGGCGGCCAAGUGCCAGAUUACUCCCUUGAUUUCUCCAAGAUAAGGGAAAUGAGGAAGCAAAACAAGAGAGAUGUGUCCAGAGCCAGUCUUGGAAAUGAAGAAGAGCUCAUUGCUUCAAACACUACUAAUGUGGGUGCUGCCCACAAUGACAUUCACCACCCUCAUUACCAUCAGAGCACCCACUCUCCAACUAUUCUACUUAAUGCGCUCUGGAAUAAGGAUAAGAUAGAGAAAACGAUAGUAUUUCUGCUGUUGCACAGGCUCGACGUAGCAUAUUCAGCUACUUCAACUGUUGCGUGAAAGCUUGAUGCUGCAGCAGACAUAGGUUUGAGAGACGACCCUCCAUCUCCUUGUAUCUCUUCAACUGUUUCUAUUGUUAAUCACAUCUUUGUCUCACCUCAACCUCUCAUUUCGUUAGGAUAAAUGGAUGUGAUGUAUUGCUGGAUUUGGUUAUUAGCAAUCUCUCAAAUUUUAUUUUCCUCGUGCUUAUGCUCUCUGCAACAAACCCUGUAGUAAAUGGUUUGUAGAGAUUAAGAGGUUAACCUGAAAGUUUUGGCUUGAAUAUUUCAGCUGAAAACGAAUGUUAAAUGUUUGACGGCUAAAUACUAAACUUAAGUCG